AGCAACAGCAAUCAAACCUGUACUGCUAUUUUUCAGCAAUUAAUAAUACUAAAAAUAAUAUUCAUAAUGGCUUCAACAAACUCCAGGAGCUCAUUCUCAAUUUUACCCUCUCAUCAAAAUCCACUUUUAUCCUCUUUGACCUCGUCUCCCCUCUCCCAGAUUCACCGGAAACGCUUAUCCAUUGUCUCUCGCAGAAGAACUAGCCGGAGGCCACGGCGGAAACUAGCUGGGGGAAAGGAUAUGUCGGUUGCAAUCACCUUGCCCACGCCAUCUCACCGGCGUGACAAAAGCCAGGACUCGGUUCUGGAUUCAACAAACAGUACUGGUGAAGGAGAAAUAUUAACAGCAGAUGUUGAAGGGGAGAUGAGCUCAACUAGUAAAACUGCUAUGCGUAAAAGCAAAUAUCUUAUUAGCAGAAUAUGCUUUGGCGUGGACUUGUCACCAGAUAAUAUUGCAGUAGCAAUGGUGUAUUUUGUUCAAGGUGUCUUGGGCCUUGCUAGGCUCGCUGUCAGUUUUUACUUGAAAGAUGAUUUGCAUUUAGAACCUGCAGAGACAGCUGUGAUAUCCGGUUUUUCCGCGUUACCUUGGCUUAUCAAACCUCUUUAUGGGUUUAUUAGUGAUUCUGUUCCACUCUUUGGUUAUCGAAGAAGGUCGUACUUGGUUCUUUCAGGACUUCUUGGUGCGCUUUCUUGGAGUUUGAUGUCUACCUUUGUUGAUAGCAAGUACAGUGCCGCCUUCUGCAUACUUCUUGGAUCGCUUUCUGUUGCUUUCUCAGAUGUUGUUGUGGAUUCUAUGGUGGUAGAGAGAGCUCGUGGGGAAUCACAGAGCAUGUCAGGAUCUCUUCAGUCUUUAUGCUGGGGGUCGUCGGCUUUUGGUGGGAUUGUAAGCUCUUACUUUAGUGGCUCUCUGGUGGAUGCUUAUGGUGUAAGGUUUGUUUUUGGUGUUACGGCGUUGCUACCUUUGGUAACAUCAGCAGUUGCUGUUCUUGUGAGAGAACAGCGUGUGCUUGGUCCGGCAAGUGGACCGAGUCUUGCUUUGCCUGGUUCUGGCUUUCUGGAAAGCUCAAAGCAGCAUAUUGUUCAGUUAUGGGAUGCCGUUAAGCAGCCCAAUGUGCUUCUUCCCACUUUAUUUAUUUUCCUGUGGCAGGCAACACCACAAUCAGAUUCUGCCAUGUUUUUUUUCACCACAAAUAAACUUGGUUUCACUCCAGAAUUUCUUGGACGUGUCAAGCUUGUUACCUCAGUUGCAUCACUGCUUGGAGUUGGACUGUAUAAUGGCUUUUUGAAAAAUGUUCCAUUGCGCAAGAUCUUUGUUGCCACUACUGUAACUGGUACAGCUCUUGGGAUGACUCAGGUUUUCCUUGUUACUGGUUUAAACAGAAAGUUGGGGAUAAGUGACGAAUGGUUUGCUAUUGGGGAUUCUUUGAUUCUAACAGUCCUUGGUCAGGCCUCUUUCAUGCCAGUUCUUGUGCUAGCGGCAAAGUUAUGUCCGGAGGGCAUGGAAGCUACACUUUUCGCGACCCUUAUGUCUAUUUCAAAUGGAGGGAGUGUUCUUGGAGGGCUGAUCGGUGCUGGUCUGACUCAGUUUUUUGGAGUCACAAAGGAUAAUUUUGACAACUUGGCCUUUUUGAUUAUUCUCUGUAAUCUCAGCUCAUUGCUUCCUUUGCCACUCCUAGGCCUCCUACCCAAUGAUAGGCCCGAUGCCAUUCCAAAGGAGAGUAGAGAUAUCGAGAUGAAGUCCAAUUGAAUUCGGAUGAUUACUUCCUCAUUAUCCAGCGCGGAGGCACGCUUCACCUUUCAUUCCUUUGGACUGACCCCUGCUAGUAAGCUUUUUGCGUAACUGCAGAUUAUACUUUGUUUCACAGGGAGAUUAAGUAAAUAUCACGAGGUCGCAUACACAAACUAUAGAGAGAUGAUCCGCCUAGUCUUUAAUUCUAGUGACCUGAGCUACCCACGUGAUGGAUUGUAACCGAGUAUACCAUGACGUAAAAAUGGAAAGGAAUUGUCUUCCCUCCUGCCCGGGUGUUGAGCCCUUCGAGCAACCUGGUCACUGGACUUGCGAGCCCAAUACUAAGUUGGGCUACUGUCCUCAGGCCAAUGUCUUUGAUGCAGGCUUUCGAAGGGCUCACGGCCCCGAACAUAAGGCAUGACAGAAUGGUAACACGGCCUGGCUAUUGGCUGUGAUCUUCUUCUUUUUGACCCUUUUAACCUGUGAAAUGUCCAUUUUGUCCCAUCAAAGAGUCAUUGGAUAUCAUCUUU